CAGAAUCUCAAAGUAAAGCUAGACAUGGGAGUACUAAGAACACUUCCUGUGACACCUCCGCAUGGAAACUUCCUUUCAAAUUUUGGAGCUGCAGAGAGUUUAUCUAAAUCCAACUUCAAGUUCAGCAAAAAGUCCCAGUUCAGAGUUUUGGCUAAAACAGAAAAGGGUGGGAAGGAAGAUGAAGAAGAGCCGAAGAAGAGGAAACAAUCACUGUUUAGCAGUGUAACGGAAGCUCUUGAUUUCUCGCAAACUAGGUCUGAAGAAGACGCUCUACUUCUCGAAGAUGCAAGACAGGCCACCAAGUCUGGAGAAAAGAUGUCAAGGGAACAGUAUGCGGCUCUCAGAAGGAAAAUUGGAGGCACUUACAAGGAUUUCUUCAAAUCCUAUGUUGAAGUGGACGGACAAUAUGUGGAAGAAGGGUGGGUUGACAAAACGUGCAAGGUGUGCAAGAAGGACACAGGCGGCGAGGCGAGGCAAGUGGACAAGAUGGGAAGAUACGUUCAUGUGGCGUGUUUGGAGAAGCAGAAAUCCGGCAACUUCUUUACCAGACUUUUCUCAAGCUGAUGAUGAAGAGUAGGUUAAAUGUUUGGAGUGAAUUGUUUCCAAACGUUUCAUUGUGGGAGUUGUUUUGUAUAUCAGAUACAUCAGAUCCUAACUGAUGAUAUCAACAUUUUUAGUUAUAAUAUCAAAGAAAUAGCUUUGUUAGAGUUUGAAUGAAAUUUAUGAGCUGAAAUACCAGGCUCACAUUAGAUAUU